CCUGUUGUUUGUAGGCUCAUCUCAUUGGGUCAUAUUCUCCUUCAAACACAGCGGUCGAGGUAGCUAAUCGAGCAUCCUUCGAUGAAGUAGAAACAACGAAACAACACUGGUUGGUAGCAAAGAGGGCGAAAGCAGCCUAACCAAACAUGGCGGUAUCUCAGACGGCCGACACCGAAGAGCUGAUGACCUGUCUACGAAUCCAGCUGUACCACCCUGAGCCUCAGAACAUCUUUAGCUCUCUGCCCAUGGAUAAUAGACUCAAGCAGGAGGCGGAGGAUCCAGUGAGGUUGGGUCGGGCGGCCGAAGCAUGCCCAUUUGUCCUGAACGACACCAAGGUCUCUCGUAAGCAGCUGGCUCUGAUGGCUUUCCGUGUACCUGGUAGUACCGAAAUGCGUUUUCACGUGCAGAACCUGAGUCGCAAAGGUCGCCUGCAGGUCAAUGGCAUCGAACUGAGACACCUGGUGGGAGCAGAGUUGCCCGACAAGGCUUUGAUUCGCUUCGGGCGGUAUGAAAUGCUGGUUUUGCGGGAGCCUGGGGAUUCCGAGACCCACUUUGAGGUGCUGUUUGAGAGGCGAAUUGUGGCACCAUCGCAGGAAAUGGGUGAAGGGGAGGCCCGCACCGUACCUGUGAUGGAGUCUGAAGAUGUUACCCUUUCUUGGAGAGAGCCCAUUAAUGAACCAUCAGAAUCAGAUGAAUAUCAAAAUUGUUAAUGUGAAGGUCACUAUUUAGUUUGCAUAGCAUACCUGUAUCUUGAGUUCAAGAGUUGUCAGUGCAAGACAUUUUUAUAUACACAAUGUUUGAAUCAUGUAUCUGUAUUUAUCUGUAUUAAACUGUUGUCUAUUUAUUUACCUCACUGCAAGGUUACAUAUGUAAUAGCAUUCUUAUACAGAGAUUGUUAUGCACUAACAAAUGAAUGAACAAACAAGUUGCAUUUUCUUCUAAAAACCCGUGAAUGUGAUUCAUGUCUGAAAGUCUGAUAUUAGUUGGAUACAAAGAAAAACUGUUUUGGUACUUGUCCAUUUUUCUUGAGAUGUUUAGCAUUUGCUCGUACAAAUCAUUAUUCUAUCUUUUUGUGCCUUAACUUGACUGAAUAAAAUCAGAAAAUCCAA